AUGUCCGCCUCCAACAAAGCCCCCAGUCGCUCUGACAUGAUUCUCGCCAUGAAUGAUCCCUACAUGCAGCAGAUUAUCGACGGCACAAAGACAUACGAGUUCAGAAAGUACAACAUGGCCGGCAUCCAGCGCAUCUGGUUCUACCGCACCGCUCCACAUUCGGCUGUCACGCACAUCUGCCCCGUGAACCAAGCCGCCACGAAAAACAAUGGCGAUGAGCCUCUCCCCGAAGACGGCCUGGGGAACAAAGAGUACAACGAGAAAGGUCCAGACUACGAGGGCUAUGAUUACGCAUAUCGCAUUAAGGAAGUGUAUGAGAUCAACGCUGAAGGAGGCAAAGGCAUCACUUGGGCUAUGAUGAGGGAUGAGCACGGCAUGAAGAUUCCGCCACGGGGCAGGGUCACGGUCCCGGAGUCGAUGGUCGCGCAGUACCGCUUGGAGGAUCAGAAGAAAGUUCUGUGA